AUGCACCGCGCAACAGGCAAAAAGGGCAAAGUCUACAAAGAAACAGAUCUCGCGUCGCUCAUGGCCGAAUAUGGAGAAACGCAAGGUCACAAGUCCGACAAUAUGCGAAGGAUCAUGAAAGGAUUGCCUGUCACAACAACUUCCAAACCAGACUUGGCGCCGCUUGAUACCAAGGAUGGAGCUGAUAUCCAAAUCCGAUUUGAUGCCAACACCAAAACGGUUUCUAUGUUGUUGGUUUCGUCAAGCUUUCUGCACCAACUAGCUACGCUUGGCGAAUGCCUCGAAGUAGAAGUCUACGAGACUGCAGAUAUGGUUGAGAGUAACUUGCCAAUGAACGCUUUGAUUCACUUCCUGAAGCAUGGGAACCGUUGGUCUGGUAGUGGAGAAAUGCUGCAAGAUGGAAUUAUGAAACAAGAGAGACGGAUUUCCUCCCUGUACACCUUGCCGACAAGGCUUUGGGGAGACGAUCCGGACAACGGCAGCUUAUUCUUCACAGAACGCUAUCUAUUGUGUUCAUUGUCUCGGUAG